AUACACAUCUCUCCAAAAACUCUGCCAUCGUCACUUCUUGUCGCCACAAGGUUUCACUGGGGCGCUUAGCUGCCCCAUCGCGGCCGCGAGCCGCUCGGCUAUUGCCUAAGGAAAAACAAGAUAGACGGAAAUGGGAGCAAGAACUAAUGGCACUCUCCCACGAACUAAUGGCAGUACUCUCCCACAAGAACCACAGACCAACAUGAGUCAUGACAUUGGUCUAUCUGAAGAAUCAGGGAGCGAAACUGAAGAAUAUGACAGUGACACUAGCCUAUCAGAGAAAGCAGAAGAGAGGAUCGACAGACGGCUCCUAUUAGCAGCCAGAUCCGGUGAUUGCACGGCAAUGAGGGACAUGGCUGCGAGUGAUCCAGACGUGCUGCUCCGAACGACUAACCAUGGCAGCAACUGCCUGCACAUAUCUUCCAUCCAUGGUCACCUAGAAUUUUGCAACGAUGUGGUCAGGCUCAAGCAGCCUCUCCUCGCCGCCGUCAACUCAUACGGGGAGACGCCACUGCUCGCCGCCGUGGCAGCUGGGCAUGCUGCUCUGGCUUCUGAACUGCUUAGACACUGCCGUGAAUUGGGCUUCCGCGAUGCAGUUCUGAAGCAGGACAGCGUCGGAUGCAAUGCACUGCACCAUGCCAUUCGCGGCGGCCACGAUGACCUUGCGCUGGAGCUGAUAGCUGCAGAGCCGGCACUGUCACGAGCCGUGAACAAGAACAACGAGUCGCCCAUGUUCAUCGCUGCGAUGAGAAACUCCGCCGACAUAUUCGACAGGUUGCUGGCUAUCCCGUAUUCCUCUCAUUCUGGGUGUGCAGGUGAUCAUGCUCUGCAUGCUGCUGCGAGAAAUGGGAAUUCAGAUAUUGCUAAAAGGGUUAUGGAGACGCGUCCAUGGCUGGCCAAACUGCCAAACAGAUACGGGUCAACUCCCAUGCACCAUGCGCUGCUUAGUGACCGUGUUGGCGUGCUACGAGUGUUGCUGGAACAUGAUUCUUCUUUAGGAUACGUCGUAGCAGGCACAGAAGACGUUCCCCUCCUUGUUUCUGCCGCAUUCCAAGGUCGUAUCGGCAUUGCUCGAGAGAUUCUAAGCUAUUGUCCAGAUGCUCCCUUUCGCAGUAAGAAUGGUUGGACAUGCCUGAGUGCCGCUGUGCACGCAGACCGGCUUGAAUUUGUCGAAUUCGUCUUGGGGACACCAGAACUACAGAAACUGGUUAGCAUGCGAGACAAUCAAGGGAGAACUGCUCUGCAUUAUGCUGUCAUGAAGUGUAAUCCAAAAAUAGUUGCCGCUUUGUUGUCGCAUGGAGGCGCUGAUGUCACGAUGCUUGAUAACUCCAGUAGUCCACCAAGCUGGAAAUUAUGGGGACUCGGGGAUCACACUAAGACUUUGAACUGGAAUGAAGUGGCCAUGCUUAUGAUGGAAGCUGAUCCCCGAAAUGCAACCUCUCUGCAUUACCUUGCUAUGGACGCAAAGAUAAAAGUAACUAAUGAUUCGAGGACGAAAGCAAUGUUUCCAACUCUGACAAACACAAGGAGCACUUCAUUAGUGGCUAUCAUCAUAGCGGCAAUUACAUUCGUCGCUGCUUUCACCUUACCUGGAGGAUACAAUACUGAUGUUGGAAGCAGACACCCCAUUAUGGCAAAAAAGUUUUCACUUCAGGCUUUCUUGAUCUCAGAUACCUUAGCAAUGUGUUCCUCAUUUGUUGUCGCAUUCAUAUGCAUCAUAGCAAAGUGGGAGGAUCUUCGGUUCUUGCUUUAUUACAGGUCUAUUACUAUGAAGCUAAUGUGGUUUUCAUACAUGGCAACCAUUAUAGCAUUUGCAACUGGUUUGUACACAGUUUUACCUUCUCAUCUUCAAUGGUUGGCUAUAGCGAUUUGUUUUGUGCCAGCUUUACUGCCCAUCCUUACCAAGCUGCUAGGUGAUUGGCCUAUCUUGAAGCUCAAAUUUCGGCUAGGUAAAAUCUAUAAGUCAGGCUUCAUUGACAUGGUGUGACUUCAAUGAUUAUCCUUGUUUCCAUUGUACCUUGCAAAAUUAAUAUAUUAAAUUUAGAUACUAAUAUUUAUUUUGGCCUGCUACAUUGUUAAUGUUAGUUGUGGAAUAUGUCAAAAUUCUAGCAUGUACCCUCAUGCUCCGGAUAUGGCAUUUGUAAAAUCGUGAGCAAACUACGCUUAUGAAUUAAUGA